GUGAAUCUGUGAUUGUUGUUUAGAUUGGUUUAGAUUUAGAGUUUUUCAAUUUGCAGGUCAAGAGAUCUACUAUUUCCCUGUAAAAGAAAAAGGAAAAAUAAAUGUGAAAGAAGUGGUAACUACGUGUUAAUACUAUGGAUUCAAAUGAAAACAAUAAUGAUAGUGUUUCGGUGCCAGAUUUGGAUUCUAUACACGUGAAAGUUGAGUCUGUUGAGAAGUGUGAAAACCCUGAAGCUGUGAAAGAGACAAUUCACUUGAAACUCAGAAAAAUUAACUCUACCUUUGAAAAGAAGUUACAGGAUAUACAAUUAAAUCACAAACGUAAGGUUGCAGAAAGUUCUGACGUAGUUAUGGAUAACGAGGAUUCAAAUGAUAGUGUGAAACGUAGGAGGUACUCGGACUCUCAAAAUGAAGUUGCUAUGUCGAAUAACUCUGAGAGUGUGGCUGAGAAACAGAUAUACACACUGUUGUUAACAAAUUCACAAGGGAAUUGGUCUUCAAAGGAAGUUAUAAACUAUGUUAAAGAUGAAUGUGGAGUUCAUAUAUCAAGUAUCAAUGACAGCAGAGAAGAUAACACCAAGGAGGAUUUCCAAAUACGUCUUAGAUUCGAAACAAAGAAACAUUUGCACCAAGUUUUAAAGAAGUUGAAGGAAAAAGAAAUUGAAGGAAAACUAAAUGUGCAAUUAAUGGAUUCUGUAAAAGAUGAAGUGGAAAGUGAUGCAGAAUCUGAUACAACUGUACAAUUGGAACCAAAUGAAUCAGAGAAUCCACAAGCAGAAGAAUCCACUGGUCCUUCCAAGCCGAAACAAAAUGUGACCUCAGAUUCAAAUGAUUACCACAUAAGGGAGGACUAUUUAGACUCGUUGGGUAUCACACCACCUCUAACAAACUGGGUUACUGUUACCAACUUUAGGUGUGAUAAAUCGGAAUUAAAAGAAGUUUUGGAGCUGGCAGGAAAAGUGUUAAUUUGCUCAGUUUGUAUGAACAGCACAAAAUAUGCAAACGUUAUGUACAGCCAUCCACUUGAAGCAGUGCAGGCAGUAUCAAUGUUGAACGGUCAGCAAUAUUACGGCAAAAAUCUCAAAGUGAAAAUCAACAAUACAAUAGAAAACAAAACAUUACUACCCAAAGGCUUGGUCGAAGUGGGCCCAGGCUUGGGCAAAUACGGAAAACCUUUGCCAGAUAUAGGAGACCAAUACAAGAAAUUUCUAAAAGGAAAAACAUCUAACUUAGACGCCUGUCUAUUCCAAUCGAGCUUUUUGAAAAAAAUUGGCAUUACCAUAGAUGAAGAAGUCGCUAAAUUCGUUCGUUCGAUAACUACGCCUAGUAGCCAAAAUAGUCAAAAUGAUACAGACAGUGAAAGAAACGAAUCACCCAUAGACAAAGAUAAUAUCCAAAAAAGUGAAUCAGGUCCAUUCAGACAAAAACCUGGCAGUAACAUCCCAGUAUUACGACCACAGAAUAAAAUUCCACCUAGACCAGUUAUAUUGCAGAGCUCAAAUGUGCCUCCGAAUCCAAUGCAACAAAUGCAAGGUCCCAUCAGAGGUCCAAUGCCAUCACCUGUUAUGGGCCCAAGAAUACCUGGACCAAUGCAAAUGGGUCCAGGAUCAAGACCAGGGUUUCCAAUGGUCAAUCCAGGCCCAAUGUACCCUAGUUGUCCACCGGUACCUGGUAUCGAAUCUGGGAAUGAUCCGUCUAAAAAUGUCAAUGGUAUGAGUGGACCUAGAUUUCGAGGUCCAAUGCCUGGUCCAAUGAGUCCAAUGCUCGGUCCCAGAGGUCCAAUGGUCGGUCCCAAUCGGUUCCCAGGCCCCGGUCCUAUGAUGGGGCCUAGGCCUGGUCCCGCGAUGGGUCCACAUGGACCGAUGGCAAUGCCGAAUGGUCCCAUAAGGCCGAAUAUGCCGUUUUGGUCUAAUGUGAGAAUGUUCAAAGGACCAGACCCCGUGAUGGUUCAAAUAACAAAUUUACCUCCAACGACCAAUUUUGUGAACCUGGGCCAGAAGUUGACGGAAUUGGGUCACGUUGUAUUCCUAGAGUUGACGACCCCUGGAUGUGCCAACGUAAGGUUUGCGAGCCCAGCUGAUGUUGAGAGGUGUUUACAGAAUUAUCGUCAAGUGAUGGGAUGAAAUCCGGACAUUGAUGAAGUACCAGCGAUUGUUGCAUUUACAAAGAUCCUGUUGAAGGUAAUAGUUUUCUUUUUCAUAUUAUUUUUUCUCAUUUUUAUUAACAUACAGUACCUACGAUUUGUAUAUAUUAAUUUAAUUUAUUUCAUUAUUAGUUUAAACUAGUAAGUAUAAGUUUUUUGUAAUUGUAUAAAUAUACUGACGCUUAAAGUUUACUAAUUAAGUUAGUAGUUGGUUAAUUUAGUUUUAUAUAAAUUAAAAACGUGCCCAGAAGUAACGAUUUACAUUAUGGAUUAAAAAUAUGGAAUAAGUGAUUUUUACGUUAAAUUUAUUAAUGUAAUUUAUUGUACGUAAAAGCCUAGGAAUUUCUUACAUCCACAUGGUUGUAUAAACUUUAUAAACCAAUGAAAUAUUUCAAUUAAACAUA